CAGAGAACAAGAAGCGAUGCAGACGGGGGAGGAGGGCAGCAGCUUAAACCUCUGCACUUGCGGUUUGGCACAGAUUGAUCAGGCCGGGAUUUUUGAUUAAACAGAUGUCACCAUGAAUAUAUCAACUUUUGAGUAACACGAUAUGGAUGUUGGUGGUGUAAUCUUUGGAUCAGCCACAGUCACACUACUGCAGAAAUUCUACACGUAGAGAGAUCGUUCCCUUUGGUAGUGCAUUUGGUGCACCAAUUCAAUUUGCCCUGGGUCCUCAAGGUUUGGUUUAUCCAGUGGACAUUGUCAUGUGACGCACAGUUAGACCAUUUCUGUGACUUUAAACAGUAUAAAAAACUAAGUGGCCCAUUAGUACAGAAGAUGGAAAAACAAAAUCUGUUUCUUUGAGAUUCAAAGCCAUAAGAUGCAGUCUAAUCCACAUGUGCCUGAAGCCUCUGUCCUCAUAGGAAAACUGGGACCUCUUAUACAGCAGUGUGCCGAAUGACCAAGUGACACGAUGAUGGAGUGAGAUGUAGUAAGAAUGACAUUCAGCAACAGCCAACAAGAACUGGUAGCAAUGCUAAGUGGGCGGGUCCCAUCUUAUUAUCUUUUUUCAACUUUGCGGUCAGGAAUUGAAUCAGCUAUCAACCGGAUCAAAGGAUACCACCGACUGACAUAUGACUGGGUGCGUUACCAAUGCAACGAGGUGCUGGAACCUCUACUGCCGACCAGCCUGCCGCCACAGAGCGAUGGCUGAUGAGUGAAUCCCUUUAUAUGUGUGUGGAACAAUAGGCACAAGUGCUAGGACCAAGCAGACCCGGGGACUGUGCCAGAAACUUUGGAGCUCCCAUGCAGCUGUGAUUGGUUGCUGGGGAGUCUGUCUCCACAAAUUGCUCUAAUCCUCUCUGAUAAAACAGAGCCUGCAUCCAAUCCCCUGCUCCAAUCCCUCCCCACUCAUCUCUCUCUCUCUCUCUCUCUCUCUCUGUGAUGCUCUCGUCCACGAGGAAGAGGAGUUUUUAAUCCAAGUGGAUUACGCCACAGAUUGGGCGACAGGGAAGGCAAGUGGCUGCAGUGUCUUCUGCAGACAACCAGCUUUAUGUUUUCUUUAAUAUCUGCAAGGUGGUGAAAUGAGCCCACUCACUGUUCCUGGUCCCAUAAGGAGUAACCUGGUGGAACUUGCUACAGUGGUCCUUCCUGUGGACCAUCGGAUGGAUUUGUAACUCUUUGUCCCGGUGUGCAAUGAUUUUGAGUCUCUCUGGAUCUUUUGGAAGUUGCUCUGACGAAGAUGAGAGGCUGAAGCAAACAGAGAAGAUGCUGGCAGCAGGACCAGUUUAUUUAGAUGUGAUGGAAAGAGUUCAGGGUGAAAAGUCUGUAACUAUAAAUGUCACCGUUUCCUGUCUUUAGCCAACAUGAGGAAACCAUUUCCUACAAACUCUUUAUCAUCUUCUUGAACAUUCAGAGCUUCUCCCAGUUUGAGAAUCUGCCUUUAAAGUCUGAGCCGCGAGGAGCUCCAUGUCCGGACUUCAGGGAUACAGGAUGGAGAGUAUUAAUGUGUUGGGAAUGAGGAACCUCUUGAGGCUGAUGGGAAUUCUUUGCCUUUUGAUCACAGCUGAGGCUCAGAUGAAGAUCCCACCUGAGACGGUGCAGCAGUGGGCGUUGACAUUCUCUGCAGAACUUCGAGAGUUUGCAACCAAAUACUCUGGAUCUCUGCUGCUGCAGAAGAAAUUGAAGGAUGUGGAGCCAAUCAUUAAGAUCAUAGAGGUGGAUGGACAAGACCUGGUGAAGGACUACUCUGAUGAAAUCGAACGAAUGUUGGGAAGUAAGAUGAAGUCGGUGAAGAGGUUAGCAGAAUCUGCAGAAGACUCAGAUUUGUACCAUGAAUUCAACGCUACAUUAGAGUUUGAUUACUACAAUUCGAUGAUGAUCAACACCGCGGAUGAGGAUGGGAACUAUGUGGAUCUGGGUGGAGAAUUUCCCCUCGAGGAGAACGAACAUUUUAAUAAACUGCCUGUCAACACCCAGAUGAGCAACAUCCAGGUUCCCACCAACGUGUACAACAAAGAUCCUAACAUCCUCAAUGCCAUCUACAACACGGAGGCUUUAAAUGACGUCUUCAUCAGUAACUUCCAGAAGGAUCCCACACUCACCUGGCAGUACUUUGGCAGCUCCACAGGUUUCUUCAGGAUCUACCCUGGUAUUAAAUGGACUCCAGACUCCAACGGUGUUGUAGCCUUUGACUGCAGGAACAGAAACUGGUACAUCCAGGCUGCCACGUCUCCCAAAGACAUCAUCAUCAUGGUGGACAUUAGCGGCAGUAUGAAGGGACUGAAGAUGACCAUUGCCAAACACACCAUCAACACCAUUCUGGAUACACUGGGAGAGAACGACUUUGUCAACGUCAUCGCUUACACAGACUAUGUUCGCUACGUGGAGCCGUGUUUCAGAGGAACUCUGGUCCAGGCUGACUUGGACAACAGAGAGCACUUUAAGGUGUUGGUGGAGGAGCUGCACGUCAAAGGUGAAGCAAAGAUCAAGAAUGCCAUGAAGGAGUCCUUCAAAAUCCUGAACGAGGCGAGGGCGAACGGUCAGGGCAGCAUGUGUAACCAGGCCAUCAUGCUGAUCACAGACGGCGCCAUGGAGGACUUUGAGUCCGUCUUUGAGGAGUUCAACUGGCCUGAGCGCAGGGUGCGAGUCUUCACCUACCUGAUUGGCAGAGAGAUGACCUUUGCUCAAAACACCAAGUGGAUCGCCUGCAACAACAAAGGUUAUUACACACACAUCUCCACACUGGCAGAUGUGCAGGAGAACGUCAUGGAGUACCUGCACGUGCUCAGUCGGCCAAUGGUCAUCAACCAUGACCAUGAUAUCAUCUGGACAGAGGCCUACAUGGACUCUGUGCUUCCAAACACAGAGGAGCUUUUCACCACCAAGGCUCAGAGUCUGCUGCUCAUGACCUCAGUGGCCAUGCCGGUGUUCAGCAAGAAGAAGGAGACGCUGUCCCAUGGCAUCCUGCUCGGUGUGGUCGGCUCCGACAUCCCACUGAUGGAGGUGAUGAAGCUGGCACCCCGAUAUAUGCUGGGAGCUCACGGCUACGCCUUCCUCAUCAACAACAACGGCUACAUCCUGGCUCACCCUGACCUUCGACCUCUGUACAAAGAUGGAAAGAAACUGAAGCCGAAGCCAAACUACAACAGUGUGGAUCUGUCAGAGGUGGAGUGGGAGGACACAGACGAGCUGCUGAGGACGGCCAUGGUGAAAGGAGAGACGGGCACUCUCAGCCUGAACAUCAGAGCGUCGGUGGAUAAAGGGAAAAGGCCGCUGUACCUCACCAACGAAUAUUUCUACACCAACAUCGAUGACACGCCUUUCAGCUUCGGCAUGGCGCUGACCAAGGGUCACGGGAAGCUCAUGUUUAUGGGAAAUGUGUCUGUGGAAGAAGGGCUGCAUGAUCUGACCUCACCGGAUCUCACCAUCGCGUCUGAGUGGACUUACUGUGAGACGGACAUCGACCCUGCUCACCGAAAGUACUCACAGCUGCAGGCCGCCAUCCGCUACCUGUUGGGGAAGGAACCUGACCUCGAAUGUGACGAGGUGCUGCUAUCGCAGACGCUGUUUGACGCUGUGGUCACAGCUCCACUUGAGGCCUACUGGAACACCCUGAUGCUGAACGACAGGGUGGAGCCAGGGGUUGAGACGGCUUUCCUCGGUACUCGAUCAGGCCUGAUGAGGGUUGUGAGAUAUGCAGGAGUGGAGACCAGAGUGGCAAAGAAGUUCCUGACUCCAGCUGAUAAAGAUAAUCUGUUCACCAUCGAUCACUUCCCGCUGUGGUACCGCCUGGCUGUAGAAAACAGUCCUGGAAAAUUCUACUACUACCCAGUGAAUGACAAAGGAGUGAAGUACAUCAUAGCGACGACAUCGGUGACCGUGUCAUCCGAAGGAAAGACGGCCAUGGCUGGAGCUGUCGGGCUGCAGAUGUCCUUGGAUUGGCUGGAAAAGCGGUUCUGGGCCAUCGCCAAGCAGCCCAACGACACAGAUUGUUCAAACAUUGAAGGUGUGUGUCCUCUCAGCUGUGACAGUGCUGAUCUGAGCUGUUACCUGGUCGACAAUAACGGCUUUGUCAUGCUGUCCAAAGAGAGGAGCGAGAUUGGUCGCUUCUUUGGCGAGGUAGACGGGUCCAUCAUGGCUUCAUUGCUCAAGAUGGGAAUGUUUAAAAAAGUGUCCCUGUUUGACUACCAGGCGAUGUGCAAGACGGGCCACCAUCACGCCAGCAGCGCGCGACCUCUGCUCAGCCCAUUCUACGGCAUCGUGGCUUUGAUAAGAUGGUUCUUCUCCAAUGCGCUGAUGUUCCUGCUGGACUUUAACCUCUGUGGUCUCUGGCACUCUGAUUACUUUGUGGAUGCCAAAGCUGGCUAUCACACAUCUCAUAAGCAGAAGAAGGUGGACGCGCUGCAGCCCUGCGACACGGCUUACCCUGGCUUCAUGUACGACCCGUCUGUCAGAGAGGCCAACAGCCUCAUCAAGUGUGGACGAUGCCAGAAGAUGUUUGUGGUGCAGCAGAUUCCUGACAGUAACCUGGUUCUGGUCGUGACUCAGGCCUACUGUGACUGCUCCCGUCAGUAUGGAGCCAUUCUGCUGGAGCCCAAAGAGAUCAAAUAUAACGCCACAGUGAAGUGCAACAGGAUGAAAUCCCAGAAGGUGCGGCGGCGCCCUGAGUCAUGCCACGCCUACCACCCAAAGGAGAACGCUAAGGACUGCGGCGGGGCGGCAGCCAUCUCCCUGUCGCUCUCGCUCUUUUCUGCCUCUCUGCUUGUCUCAUUGGUCACUGAGUACUAAACCAGAGUGAACCCACCAAUCAAGAUAAACAUGACAGUGAGGCGGAACAUCCAGCAGGUAGCCAAAGGAUUUUUUUUCUUUUACUGGAAUAAGAGACAAACUUGGAUGGAGAAACUGUCUCAGCUGCUGAUCGGCCUCACUUUGCAGCACAAAUAAAGGGCUACACUAGGUUUUCUUUAAAACCUGCAAUAGACUCUAAACUGACUCUGGAUCAGCUUUGCAGUGACUCUGCAGCUGGAGGAGAAAUGAUAAGACUCCUGGGGGGGGCCCUCCUGGACAGUGCAGCCUGUGCGUGGAGAUGCGUUGCCAUUACACCCGAACAAGAAUGUAGCACCUUUGUAGCUUUUUGAUACAGAGCUGAUGUGUAAAUGUAGAGUUUUACAGCCUCGAUUUACCAAAACUCUCAAAUUAGGACAAAAAAAAAGCUGAACUUUAAACACUCAAAGACUUUCUCAGCAGCUUUAAGGGUCAAAGGUUAACAGAAGAUGCCGCACGCCGUAUGCGAGGAAACGCUGCGGCUCACUAAGGAGUGUGACGCCUGCCUGUUGAAGGUGAAGAUGGAGAGAAAGUGACGUCUGGAUGAUUUUGUUGGCUGAGAUAGAAGCGGUGUAGCGGCUUUAGGUGGAAAUGAAGCUACAGCAUUCAGGGAUUAGUUUUUAUAGAUAAAGAUGUACUGGAACUGUUCUAAAUGUGAACGCAAUAAAAAAAUAAAAAAAAAAACCAUUUUUCACUUUACACAGCAGCACAUUUGUGUUUUUUUUUCACAUUUACUUAGAAAACUUGUUUUCGUCUUCAGGGCCUCGAGUGUCUGAGCACGUACAAAAAUUGUAUUCUUAGAUUCAUCGUCAUUGUAUAUUUUCUGUCAUUAAUGGGAAAUUCCAACCUCGAUCUUCUUCCCAAAACUGACAUAACUCAGAUUUGCUGAUUAAAACAAGACUGAUGAAAUGGAGACCUUCCUACUUUUCUUAUGGAGCUCACGGGCUUCACUGCUCUCUUACCUCUGCACCGCUGAUCAGCUGCAAUGUGAAGCAGGUGUAAAUGCACAACAGUGCUGCAAGAGAUCAUGUUACACUCAUAUUAGCUUCUCUUCAUUGGCUCCCUGUUAAAUUCUGAAUUUUACAUCGUUCUCCUCAAAUACGAAGUCCUGACUGAUCAGACUCACAUCUUAAAGACCUCAGAGCGUCUCAUUAUCAGGACAGAGCACGUCGCUCUCACACUGCAGGCUUACAUUAAACUACACUCUUCGAGUUUUUAAAAGUAGAAUGGCAGGCAGAGCCUUCAGCUGUCCCACUUUGGGUUUGGAUGACAGACACUCAACUCAGAUUAGGCGUAGAACUUUCGUCUGUGACAGAGAGUGGAGUUGGGGCUGGAUCAGGUGACCCUGAAUCAUCUCCUAGUUACACACCUCCACUGACUCCCAGUGACGCCCUGUAUGUCCUAGAAAAUCCUUCUCACAUGCAAAUCCCUUCAUGCUCUUGCUCCCGAGGACUCAUCAGACAUUCUUCAACUCCCCGCGCUGGACUCUACCUUCCUCAGUUAAAAUUCUCACUCUCCCUCAAACACUCCAGACAGCGGUCCUUUGGGAGCAGGGCAUUCACCGCUGCUGCUUUCACUCUCUGGAACAUGCUCCCCUCUGAGAUCUGCGAUCCUCCAUCUCAAAAAGCAGCUGAAAUGUCACAUGCUCACUGAAGCCUUUUUUCUGUGUGUAAAGAAACCUCGGGUAUCUUGAAGGGUGCCAUAUAAAUCUAAGUUAUGAUUCUCGUUACUAAUCUACAAUAUUAUUAUUGGUGAAUAUAUUGCAAUAGGCUCAGUACUUCCUCGCUGGAGCUGUAGGAGUUCCCCCUCUAACAUUGUAGGGGCUCCACCUUCCAAUAUAAAGCUUAAUAAUAAACUAAAAAUUCCAUCUUAAAAAUGAAAAAUCAGUUUACACAAAUCAGGACAUGAAGUAUCCAUCUCCUGUGCUGGGAGACUUCCAGGAGGCGCUCAGCACUGCGUCUCAUUUGGAUGUUAACAGGCUUCAAAGUACUCGUUAGCGAGAUAAGUUUAAUUAGUUUCAGUCCCUUCAGGGAUGCUGCUGAUGAAAAUUUAAAACAUAAAAUAAGAUGAGCCUUUAACUCUGAGGGGAACGGCUCGUGUUGGGGCUGAAAUGCGAAGCCUGCAGCCAUCACUGACGGUCUGUGUUUCAGUAUUUUAGGGGGAUUUUUACUUUAAAUCAGCAGAACUUACGCGAAAUGUUUAAUUUUUUUAUUUUCUGUUAACAUCACACAAAAAUCAAUAUGAUCAAAACGUUUGUACAAAAGGAAUCCAAAGUGACGGCCGCUGCUGAGGUGUUUCGGCCCGACGACUCUUCGUGUCAGUAUGAAGAGUAACCGCUGUCCACAAAAAAAAAAAAAGUUUAAAAAUGAUCCAGUGUUCUUAGUCUGGACAGAAAAAAAUCUUCCUUAUUAUCAGCAAGGCAUCAGUCAGGAAGGGGUCUUCUCUUUAGAAGAAUAAAUAAAGGAAGAGUCAGUCUGUGUGCAUCGUUUAAAUGCUCACUGUGUACAUUCAGUUCAGGAACAGCCGGCCUCCUGUUUGAGUCUUAAAGGCAUUUUGAAGCAAA